GUAACGGUCCGUACACUUGUGUGGUUUUCUAAACGUCCGCUAGCAUGAAACUCUUCGGUGCAACUUUAGCCAUCAUGUUGGGCUUGUCCCAUGGAGCAACCAUUACACUCAAUGGUCAACAAACCCUUCCUACCUCCGGUACUAUUACCAUCCAACAGUCCGGUACCCAGCAAGUGCAGUACCCUCAACAAGUGGUGACAUACCCUCAACAAGUGGUGACAUAUCCCCAACAAGUGGUACAAUAUCCACAACAAGUUGUUGUUCCUCAAACUGUUGUUCAAAGACCCACUGGUGGUGGUGGUAUUAUAGGAGGACUUGCACAAGCUGCUGGUGGUAUAGUGGGAGGCGCUGCCCACGCUGCUUCUGGAAUCGCCAACGGAUUUUUGAAUGCAUUUGGAAAAUAAAGCUUUUAGUUUCGCAUGCUAGCAGAAUUUAGUAAGCCUUCUGUGGAUGUUGAAUAAAAUAAAUAAAAAAUCCACUAGCGGUUAAACAAAAAUUAUGUAAGAACUGUCCUUAUUUAAAGCAACUUU